GUAAUGUUGACCAUGUAGCACAAUCUUCAACAACUACUCACUUGCAGAGCUUCUUUAAACUGUUUGUUUUUGAUGAGUUUCUGACUUUUCAGAUCCUUUACAAUUCCAAAGUUGUUUGAAGUUUGCAGAGUUUCAGUCUGUUUUUGAUCUCUGUAUUGCUUCGUUUCUUACCUUUCAUAUCUUUUAUCUGCCAAAGUUGUUCCAAGUUUGUAGAGGUAGCAAUGAGAUGAGACUCCAUUAUUAUUAUUGACUUCUUUUUUCUUCAUACCCCUUCUUUCACCAAUUCCUCAUUUUGACUCAAUUUCUUACCUUUACCACCAAAGUUUGUUCCAAGUUUGUAGAGGUUCUUCAGUCUAUUCUUGAUAUCUGUAUUGCUUGGUUUCAUUACCUUUCCUUCUUUCAGAACAAACACCAUGGAUGUAUUUGGGAUCUUUAUCUCUCCAUUUGUGCAAGCCAUGGUUGAUAAAUUGUCCUCUUAUUUAAUCAACUUAGUGAGUACAGCGGAAGUUGGCACUAGCAUCCAGAAUCUGAAGAAGGCAUUAGAGGAUUUAGAGACUCUGUUGGCUGAUGCAGAGAACAAACAAGUGUACGACAAGGAUAUCAAAAAUUGGCUAGAAGAGGUUCAACCUUUGGCUUACGAUGCAGAUGACUUAUUGGAUGAUUUUGCCACUGAAGCUCUCGAAAGGAAGCUAAUGGCGGAGGAGACGACAAUGGGAAGAAGAUCAGCUAAGUUUCCACGCCUCUCUUCUAUUGUUCCAUUCAAUUUAAAAAAUGGGUCUAAGCUAAAUGAGAUUACUAGUCAAUUACAAGAAGUUGCUACAAAAGGAAAAGAUCUUGGUUUAGAUAAAAGACUUGUUGGGAGGAUGUCUACAGGUCUAUGGCAGAGAUCACAAACUACAUGUUUGAAGGAGCCUCACAUUCAUGGCAGAGAUGAAGACAUGAAGCAAAUUAUCGAAUUGCUACUUGGGGAUGCACCUACUGCAAAAAGGUUUGAUGUAAUUCCUAUUGUAGGCAUGGGUGGGAUCGGCAAGACUACACUAGCUCAGCACAUUUACAAUCACGACCGAGUGGAAAAUCAUUUCAAUCUAAAGGCAUGGGUAUGUGUGUCUGAUGACUUCGAAGUUAUGAGAAUAACAAAGGCAAUUCUUGAGUCAUUCACUCACAGUUCAUUUAAUUUUAGUAACUUAAAUGAGGUUCAAGUUCAACUUAGCAAAAGGUUGGCAGGGGAAAAGUUUUUGCUUGUCCUAGAUGAUGUGUGGGACUACGGACGUGAUGGGUGGAAUUUGUUACAAUCCCCAUUUAGAGCUGGAGCACUUGGAAGUAAAAUCAUUGUGACAACUCGAGACAGAGGUGUUGCAAAGCAGAUGGGAAUGGAUAAAUAUCACAAUUUGCAGAACUUAUCAUAUGGUGAUUGCUGGUUAAUCUUUUCCCAACAUGCAUUUCAGAACAGAAAUAUUGAGGAAUACCAAGAAUUGGAAUCAAUUGGUAAGAAAAUUGUUGAGAACAGGUGCAGAGGCUUACCCUUGGCAGCGAGGGCCCUUGGCAGCUUAUUAUGCUGUAAACAAGAAGAACAUGAAUGGAAAGAGAUACUAAACAACAAUAUAUGGAAUGAGGAAAGUGGCAUUCUCACAGCGUUGAAAUUGAGCUACCUUCAUCUCCCUGUCCAUUUGAAGAGGUGCUUUUCCUACUGUGCAAUUAUCCCAAAGGACUACGAAUUCAUGGAGGAGGAAUUAGUCUUGCUAUGGAUGGCUGAGGGUUUAAUUGAGGAACCAAACGGUGGAGACCAAAUGGAAUAUUUAGGCCGCAAGUAUUUUCACGAAUUGGUGUCAAGAUCAUUUUUUCAACCGUCAAGUGGUAACAAAUCGCAAUUCAUAAUGCAUGACCUCAUUAAUGAUUUGGCUCAAGAUGUCGCAGGGAACAAAUGUUUUAGGUUGGAGAAUUAUUUGGAGUAUGGCAGGCAUAACAAGAUUUCGAAAAAAGCUCGACAUUCAUCAUACGUUGGUAGCCAUUAUGACGGAAUCAAAAAAUUUAAAGUUUUUGAUGAUGCCAAAUGCUUACGAACAUUCUUACAGUUUUUUCCACCGAGUACGUAUACAUCGAGGUACUUGUUUCAUGAUUUGUUGCCAAAGUUAAAAUGCUUACGUGAGUUGCGUUUACAUUGUUAUCACAUGGAUGAACUACCAAAUUCCAUUGGAAAUCUAAAGCAUCUACGAUACCUUGACGUAUCCCAUUCUAAUAUUCAAAAGUUACCUGAGUCGGUGGUAACUCUCUACAAUUUACAAGUCUUGUUUUUGAAAUUUUGUGGACUACUUCGGAAGUUGCCUCUAAACAUGGGAAGGCUAGUAAACUUGUGCCAUUUUGACAUGACUGGCGUGGAUAUUUCAUCAUCAGAAAAGAUGUCACUACAUAUAGGUAAAUUAACUAAUCUCCAAACGUUGUCAAAUUUUAUAGUGGGUAAAGAUUGUGGGCGUAAAAUAGGAGAGCUGAAAAACUUAUCACACAUUCGAGGGGCAAUACACAUAUCAAGAAUGGAGAAUGUCAGUGGUGUUAAGGAUGCAAUGGAUGCCAAUUUAAUGUCUAAGGAGGAGUUAAAAGAGUUAUCACUAGAAUGGGAUGAAUCUCACCGUUCACUGAAUGACAUAGUUGAGAGGAAUGUGCUUGACGUGAUGAGGCCUUUCAAAUUGUUGGAACGACUCACCAUCAGUGGGUAUGGCGGUACAAAAUUUCCAAACUGGGUUGGAGAUGUUUCAUUCUCCAAAAUGGUGUUCAUGCGAUUAAAAGGUAGCAAAUGUUGCAGAUCUUUGCCACCACUUGGACAACUACCCUUGCUUAAAGACCUUUACAUUGGAGGAAUGAGUGCAAUAGAGCGCUUGGGUUGUGAGUUCUAUGGGCAGCAGUGUUGUGCCAAACCUUUCCCCUCUCUAGAGAGACUGAGCUUUGAGUUUAUGCCAGAAUGGGAGGAUUGGUCUGCUUUUGAAACAGAGGGAGUUCAGCCUUUCCGUCAUCUCAGUGAGCUUUCCAUCAUAAAUUGUCCCAAACUUGUUGGAAGAUUACCAAAUGAUCUUCCUUGUCUCAAUUCUCUCAAAAUUGAUGGUUGUCCGCAGUUGUUGAUUGAUGUUUCGAGCCUCGUUCAGCCAUCACUUGCAUCCUUGUCAAUGAAUAAUGUUAUGCUCCCAAGCCUUCCAGCACUCUUAGGGACGAAGAACACGAUUGAACUUGGUUCCCUCACCUUGGAUGUUAGCCGUGUCACAGUUCCCGACUCCCUCUGUGAUCCAAGCACAAUUGAUGAAGAGUUACUGGCUACUGAAAUGUCUAAGCAUUUGACUUCAAUAACUGCUUUGAGCAUUUUUCAUGUUGAAAAAUUGGCGUUCCUACCAACAUGGUUUACUCGAGAUUUGAUGGGACUCGAGAAAUUGGAGAUUGGUAACUGCGAAGAACUCAUAACAUUGUGGCAGAAUAAGGUGGGAAUACAAGUAUGUCUCCCUUCCCUCUGCCAUUUAAAGAUUUCUCAUUGCCCCAAACUUGUUUGCUUGUUUGAAGAAGAGCAAGAAAAUGGAGGAGAAGGUUUGAAAAAGCAGCAACAUGAGGGGCUGCCGUGCAUGCCGAGACUCGAGUAUUUAAUAAUUGAAGAGUGUGGAAUGCUGAAGAAACUGCCACAAGAUCUGCACACAUACACAUCUCUUGGGGUGCUUAGAAUUGACAGUUGUGCAAGUCUGAUCUCUUUUCCAAUGAAAGGUUUGCCAUCUAUGCUGAGAGAACUUGGGGUUUCAGGGUGUGAUGCUUUGGAGUCCCUACCCGAGUUGAUGACACUCAAUAAUCUGCAAGAGUUGCAGGUUUCUAGGUGUAAAUCACUCACAUAUUUAUUGUCAAGAGGUGGGCUACCAUCCACAAACAACUUCGGAUUGAUUCGUGUAAAAGUCUGGAGUCAAUUUUUGCAGAGGAAGGGAUCAAAAUUGAUUGUCCAUCUCUUGAAAAUAUUGAAAUUUGGGGUUGCAGGAGUCUCAAAUCUUUACCUGAAGCCAAUAAUCUCAAGAAUCUCAGUGAAUUGGAGAUAUGCGGUUGUUCUAAUCUGGAGCCCCCGUCACUUGGUGGUCGUGAUGAGAACAACAACAUCAACCAACUCACUUGGCUUCAAAAGCUGUGUUUAGUUAAUUGCAGAGCAAGAAUGGUCUCCUACUUUGUCAAGGAAGGGAGUUUCCCCACCCACAUCACUUUACUUCAAAUCGGGAAUUUGAGAGUGGACGACGUGGGUCAACUUCCAGUUCCGCCUCCAUCUCCAUUAGAGUGGGGUUUGCACAAACUCUCUUCUCUUACAAGACUCAACCUUCAUGGCGGAGGUUGGCCGAGCGGAGAUACGGUGUCCUUUCCAGAAGAAGGGAUGUUCCUGCCCACCUCUCUCAUCACUUUGUCCAUCUCUUGGUUCCCAAAUCUGGAAAGACUCUCUUAUGAGAAGUUUCAAAACCUUACCUCUCUCGAAACACUUCAUAUCUUGUUUUGCCCUAAGCUCGCGUCCUUUCCAAAGGAAGGGUUGCCUCCCUCUCUUUUGCAUCUAUCGAUCUACGAUUGUCCUAAGCUUGCCUCUCUCCCUCUCUUUCCAGAACAAGGCUUCCCUCCCUCGCUUUUGUCACUGGUGAUCAAACCAUGUAAUCCAAUACUGAAACAGAAGUGUGAAAAGGGGAAAAAAUAUUGGCCCAUCAUCCAAUACAUUCCUAAAGUAGAUUUCGAAGCAUAAGCAGCCACCUGCAAGGGCUUUGUUGUUGUGGAAACAAACUUUAGGAUGUAUUCAUACUUACUGUCUAAGCUGCAUUGCAAGAUUUUGUGCCUCUUUUCAAGUAAGUUUUUGAGGAUGCUUGCAACUUUGCUGGAGAAUAUGGGGGUUUGUUAUGGAAAGAUUCAAGGUAGAUGGCAAAGAAGGCAGAAAUACUAGUGCACAUCUGAGAAUUCCCACGUGAUCAAAGGCAAUAGAAAGCACGGAAAAGGAAAGAAACAAGCAGAGAAGAGAGAAAUUGUACAUAGUUGCUUUUUGGCUGCUUAGCUUGGUGGGAUGGGAUUUUAAUAAAGCUCUUUGAGCUAAGCAAGGUUGGCGGUGCUUACUAUCCAAAUUCAAAUUUUCUUGAAGCUAGUUUGAGGAGUAACCCAUUGACAUUGUUUAGAGGAGUAUUUGGAGUGCAAAGUCUUUUUUGGAGGCUGCACUGCACUGGCAUAUUGGGAAUGGAAGGUCUAUGAAGAUUUGGAAAAAUAUAUGGAUUCCAAGGCCUUACUCUUACAAAACUAUUUCUGUUGCAAAAUUCCUGCAUGCUGAUGCUAAGUUGGCAUAUCAUUUGGAGAUGGUUUUGUGAAGCAGAGAAACACAAGUCAGGUCAGAUGCUGGGAGUUUUGAAAGGGCAUUUUCAAAAAAGAUUUGGUUGCUGAAAUUUCUGCAUAAAGUGAAAAUCUUUGCAUGGAAAACAUGUUCGAAUAUCCUUCAUGUUCAAUCAAAGUUGAGGAGGAGUUUAGCCAACAGAUGGCUGUAUCGCCUUUGGGAUUAUUCUUUUUUCAUUUGCUGGAGUAUUUGGAACAAUCACAAUGAUUGGGUUUUUUGCUUGGCGUGUCUGUUUAGAUUCAAACAAAAAGUUUUCAAUGGCAACCCUUUGCCAUUGUUGCACUAGUUUGGACC